AUGAUGAGAAAUCAGUUGGGCGCCGAUUUCAUCGAUAAUCCCGAACAGUUUUUGGCUGAAAAUGCUGAAAAUAUUGAUUUUUUCGUGAAAAAUCUGAAAAUUCGAGCACCGAAAAAGCUGGAAAAACAGGGAAGAUCUAUAGAAAAUGGACACGAAUUCCCGAGAAUUACGAAUUCGGCGGAAUUGAAACGAGAAGCGAUUCGAAUCGAACCGACGAGCGAUGCGGAGAUGAGACGGAUGAGAAUGGAGGUGUAUGGGAUUACGGUAGGUGAUGGGUUACUGUAUUGUGGAUUUUCGAAUUCGGUGGCUCGUCGAAACAAUAUGGUUGUUCAACAAGCGCAACUCGUCGAAUCCGAUCAUUCAGAUGAUGAAUCAGACGAUGAGAGUCCGGACGAAAAGUCUCCAGAAGAUUCGGAAGAUUCUGAAGAGAACUCUGAAGACGUUCCAGAAGAUACUGAAAAUUCCGAGAAAGAAAAAGAGGAAAAAGAAGAAAAAGAAGAAAAAGUAACGUUUGCGGAUAUUCUAAAGAAGUCGUUGAGUGUGGAGGAGUCAGAAGAGAGUACUUCUGGAAUUUCUAGAAUUUUGGGACCCAACUUUUCUAAAAAUUUGGAUUCUGGACCCUCCUGGGGGCCAUCGAAAUUGGGUUUAGUCACAGAUGACGUCGAGCAUUUACCAUCGAUUUCUGCAAAUCGGCCGCCUUUGGAGACAAAAGAAAGUGAAGAGAUUGAUGCAUUAUUAGGAGAAAAUGAAGAAGAUUUUUACGAUUUGGAUGAUUUUGAAGAUGGAGAAGAGAAGAAUGAGGAGGAGGAGAAGGUUCCAGAAAAACCAGUGAAUAUUGUGUCGCCGAUUGUACAGAAAAAGAAGGAAGAGGUGACGACUAUUGUACCUCAAGUAGACCCAUUGGUUUUGUCGGAUGAAUCCAUCGACGAAUUGGAAGACUUUGACGCUGGCGCUUUAUCAUCUGGAGGUUCCGAUUUUUCGUGGUGA